CCGCCCGGCAAGAGGACGAUCAUGGCCAAGGAGUGGGGCUACGCCAGCCACAAUGGUCCUGACCACUGGCAUGAGCUUUACCCAAAUGCCAAGGGAGAUAAUCAGUCACCCAUCGAGCUGCAUACUAAGGACAUUAAGUAUGACCCUUCUCUGCUGCCAUGGUCAGUUUCUUAUGACCCUGGCUCUUGCAAGACCAUCCUCAACAAUGGGAAAACCUGCAGGGUUGUGUUUGAUGAUACUUUCGAUCGUUCAAUGCUGAGGGGUGGUCCUCUCAGUGGACCCUACCGGCUCCGCCAGUUCCACCUGCACUGGGGUUCCUCUGAUGAUCACGGCUCUGAGCACACUGUGGAUGGAGUCAAGUAUGCAGCAGAGCUGCAUUUGGUUCACUGGAAUCCAAAGUACAAUACGUUUGCAGAAGCUCUGAAGCAACCCGAUGGAACAGCUGUGGUUGGCAUUUUUCUGAAGAUAGGACGUGAGAAGGGCGAAUUCCAGCUGAUUCUUGAUGCACUGGAUAAAAUUAAAACAAAGGGCAAGGAGGCACCCUUCACAAACUUUGAUCCAUCCUGCCUGUUCCCCGCCUGUAGAGACUACUGGACCUAUCAUGGCUCCUUCACCACACCACCCUGUGAGGAGUGCAUUGUGUGGCUAUUGCUAAAGGAACCUCUAACCGUGAGCUCCGACCAGAUGGCCAAGCUGCGCAGCCUCCUGUCCAGUGCUGAGAACGAGCCCCCGGUUCCCUUGGUGGGGAACUGGCGCCCCCCACAGCCCAUCAAGGGCAGGGUGGUGAGAUCCUCCUUCAAAUGAGCCCUCACAGGAAGGGAAACCUGCCCUGGAGAGCUUGGUUCCUGGCCUACUUUCGGUGCU